GUGACUAUCUCGCCGCAUGCCCAGCGCCUGCUGAUCCGCCUCUUCUGCUAGAUCUAUAGCGCAUGCCGCCCGUUUGCGCUUCUCCACAACACAUCGUCCGCCAUGGUCUUCUGCAACACCACCCUCACCGAGCAGAGGGUCGACGAGACUCCCAUCGCCGGCAAAGUCACCUUCCACCACAUCGGCCUCUUCAUAUCCGCCGUCUUCGGCCUGAUAGCGACCGUGAUCGCGCUCUACCUCAUUUUUAGACACAUCACUCACUACCUGAAACCAUGGGAGCAGAAGCAUAUUGUACGGAUCCUGUUCAUGAUCCCAAUAUACGCGACAGUCAGCUUCCUCUCCUACCUCUACUACAGACACGCCGUGUACUUCGAGAUCCUGCGCGACUGCUACGAAGCCUUUGCCAUCUCCAGCUUCUUCACUCUCAUGUGCCACUACCUCGCGCAUGAUCUCCACGACCAGAAGAACUACUUCCGCACCGUGAAACCGCGCAAUUGGGUCUGGCCAAUGGGCUGGAUACAGAAGUGCACUGGCGGGCAGGACAGAGGCUUCCUACGGAAACCGAUGAGUGGAUUGACGUGGUUCAACAUCGUCUGGCUCGGCGUCUACCAAUACUGCUUCGUCCGCGUCUUCUUCACCUGCGUCGCGGGCAUCACCCAAGCCACCGGCCGUUACUGCGAAAGCUCCCUCAACCCCGCCUUCUCCCACAUCUGGGUCAUGGGCUUCGAAGCCGUCUCCGUCACAAUAGCAAUGUACUGCCUGAUUCAGUUUUACAUCCAGAUGAAGAACGAGCUUGCGUCGCACGGGCCCGGGCUUAAAAUCGCCUGCAUCAAGCUCGUCAUCUUUUUCUCCUUCUGGCAAUCCCUUCUCAUCUCCUUCCUCGUGUCGUCUGGAACGAUCACUCCGAGCAAGAAGAUUGGGUACCAGGAUAUCAAGGUCGGAAUACCCAAUAUGUUAUUAUGUGUGGAGAUGGCCAUCUUUGCGGUCUUGCAUAUUUUCGCGUUCAAAUGGGAACCGUACGAUCUGAACAAGCAGCUUACGUCUGACUUGACUACGCCGACGAAGUAUGCGCAUCGUGGGCCGCGCGCUCUGCUAAACACUUUCAAUCCGUGGGAUAUCGUCAAGUCAGUCGGAUGGGGCUUCAAGUGGCUGUUUGUCGGUGUACGGAAGCGGAAGCAGGACGUCAGCUACGAGGUUUUGGAUUGAGCGAGUGAUGGAUACUGGAUGCUGGUUCUUCUUCGAAGGCGUCUGGAGCAUCAGGCGGGCACUAGGAAUCUGCGAUUCUCUCUGGAUUUGGGCGUUUUGGCGUGCGUGGGUGGUUUAUUGCAUGAGUGUUUUGGGAAUGAGUUGUCUCGCGAAGAGACGACGAGUCGUAGGAUAAGUUUGCACGGGUUUGGAUGGCAUUCAUGAAGUGUGUGUUGAGCUUGUUUCGAUGAUUGAAUCAAUACCCCUUUCUAAGUCUCUCUGCAAUUCUUCUCACUUACGUGUUUGGUCACAUGUUCACUUUCAAUUUCUCCUCGGGCUGGGUAUAAAAGCCUAACUUCCAACGUCUACUCUUCUCCAUUCACGCGAG